AUCUANAAAAUCAUCCUCGUUCAAAACGUGAUUCGCUAUUUUGUUUUUCAUAAUAACAUUAGAAGAAAUGGACACAUAUUUCUUCGACUCUGGUGGAAGAUUCACGUGCGAAUUCUAGUAAUGAGAUAUAAAAGAAAAUUGAUUGCUAUCCAAAGUAUCUUGAGAACAUAUCAUGUGAAAGAAAUACUCUUAAGAAUUAUCAAGGAUACAGCUUCUAGAAUUAUUCAGUUAUGGUGGAUUCGAGUUGAAGUAAAAUACAAAAUAUUAAAUCAAGUUCAGUUGAAUCAUUUGAUCGCAUUGCAAUCUCGUUUUAAAAUGAUGAUUGAAAAGUGAAAAUAUUUACAAAUGAAAAACUGUGUCAUUAUUUUAAAAUAUAUCAGAAAGAAUAAUAAAAAAUCAUUACUUCUGCAAUAUAAAAACAAAAAUGCUGCCGUAAUUAAGCUGCAAAAAUUGAUAAAACUGUUCUUACUAAAUCGCAAGUACAACAAAAAUUGGCCUGUUCUGAUUAGUUUCCAAGCAGCUAUUAGAGGUUGUAUCGUUCGAAGCAAAAUUAUCCUCUUUACUUACGAGUUCAUGCAAAAUUCAGCUGUUAUUAUACAGAGCUGGUGGAGAAUGGUCAUACAAAGAAAAAUUUACCAGAAACUCUAUUUCCUAGUACAGAGGUUGCAAAGUUUAUCUAGAGGCUAUCUGAUCAGAUCAGAUCAAAUGAAUUUAAAAGCAAUCAUUAUCUUUAUGAAUUCAACGGCUAAUAAAUUGCAACGUUGGUUUAGAAGGAUAUGUCGCGAUGGCACAGGAUUACUGCAGAGAAAAGUUGCGAUCGAUUUUCAGAGAAAAGUCAAAAGCAAUUCGUACGAAGAGUUGAAAAAAAAGAAAAAUGCAGUUACGAGAAUAAGAAAUUGGAAAAAAAUUAUAUUCUACGGGAAAUUUUAUUUUAAGCAAAUUAAAGUUAUACAACAUGCAGUAAGAAAUUAUCUUUCUAUAAAAAAUAAAAGACUGAGAAUUAUGGUGUGCAGCUCUCUGUUGUGUCAGAUUUGUUCACGUCCUCAUUGAACACAAGUGAUGUGUCAUUUUUCUAUAAGAAUUCUGUCAUUUUUUAAAGAGACC